UCUUUGGUUCACAGCCGCAGCCAGCCUCCCGCAGCUACUUUUUAAAGCUGCGCUGGAUUUGUACACAUUGUUGAGGGUGGAGCUUCGUGACGUCAUGCAGCAGCCCUCGCACAACGCGCUUCUGUGCAGAACUGUGCAAAUAUCUGCAGAACUGCGGAAAUCUGUGCUAGAAGAAUGCACCCACGAUAUCGUUAAUCUGACUGCUUUGUUACCACCCACUUGAACCGGAACCUUUUUCAAUCAAAAUACUUGGGGCUGCGCUGCCUGUGUUUGCUAUGUGCACCGAUAGGAGCUGCGCCGCUUGCAACGUUUCGUUAAUUUCCUCCACUUGUCAUAACCAGAUUCACAGGCUUCAAAAAUGACAAUGAUACAAUAGCAGAUCAUAGUCUCUUAGUUAUAUAUGGGUACAGUCGCAAAAACUGCUGCGUGGGAUGCGCACAUUUCACAAUUUGACUAAGGUUUUUGGGAGAGGGUUGAAAAAGGAGAGAGAGGGGAGAAACUUGAUUUCUUUUUUUUUCACCAAUUCGCAAAUGGCUUUCCACGGCUGCUGCUGCGAACUAGGACCGGACGAGGGUGCAUAACAGAUCGGAUACUACAUUGAUGUGUUGCAGUUCCACUCUCGCCGCCCUAGUCUUGCAGUUAACAAGAGAUUCGUCUAUUUUUCCCUUGUAAUACCCAUCAUUAAUAAUAAUAAGGAAUAUACAAAUAAAGUGAAAAAUGGGGAACACGACAUCUUGCUGCGUAUCAUCCAGCCCCAAGCUGCGGAGAAAUGCACACUCGAGGCUGGAGUCCUAUCGCCCAGAACCCGAGCUAAGCAGGGAAGAUACUGGCUGUAACCUGCAACACAUCAGCGACAGGGAGAACCUAGACGAUGUGAAUAUGGAACAUAACCCCUCAGACCAUCCGCGAGCCAGCACGAUAUUCCUCAGCAAGUCACAGACUGAUGUUGCUGUGCCCUACAAAAAAGUGAGAGAAAAACGGAAGAGCCUUUACAUAAAUCAUCAUCCACCAGGGCAAAUAAGAAGAAAAUACAGUUCCUGUUCCACUAUUUUCUUAGAUGACAGCACAGUCAGUCAACCAAACCUCAAAUAUACUAUUAAAUGUGUAGCUCUUGCAAUAUAUUACCACAUCAAAAACAGAGAUGCCAAUGGAAGAAUGCUAUUAGACAUUUUCAAUGAGAAACUUCAUCCGCUUUCGAAAUCUGAACUGCCAUCAGACUAUGAGAAGCACGACCCGGAACAGAAGCAGAUAUACCGGUUUGUGCGAACUCUGUUCAGUGCUGCCCAGCUGACUGCAGAAUGUGCCAUUGUAACAUUGGUAUAUCUUGAAAGGCUCUUAACAUAUGCAGAGAUUGAUAUCUGCCCUGCAAACUGGAAGCGAAUUGUCUUGGGUGCCAUCUUGCUGGCUUCAAAGGUGUGGGACGACCAAGCAGUUUGGAAUGUGGAUUACUGCCAGAUCCUUAAAGAUAUCACAGUGGAAGACAUGAAUGAGCUUGAGCGCCAGUUUCUUGAGUUGCUGCAGUUCAACAUUAACGUCCCUUCAAGUGUUUAUGCAAAGUAUUAUUUUGACUUGCGGUCCAUGGCAGAGGCCAAUAACUUAGGCUAUCCCUUGGAGCCCCUAAGCAGGGACAAAGCACAAAAACUUGAGGCUAUCUCUCGGCUGUGUGAUGACAAGUACAAGGACCUGAGGAAAUCUGCAAAGAAGCGCUCCACCAGUGCGGACAAUCUGAAUGUGGUUAGGUGGUCCCCUGCCAUCAUAUCCUAGCGGUUCUUUAUUGUCCAUCCAGUUUUUAUCUGGGAGGAAAUGAGAGACCUUAUCAGCUCGGCUAGAUGCCUUUACAGUGCCUCCAUCUUGUGCAGCACAGAGGGAACAGAUUUUAGAUUUUUUUUUUUUUUUUUUAAAGAAAAAAGAACUCGAACUGCUUGAACAUCUUCCUUCGACUAUGAAGAGCAAAUGCAGCUGAGAUUGUUGAGAAUAAAAGAGAAAAAACAAAGAGAAGACAAAAUACUGAGGAUUAGAAGAAUGGAAAACAACUGUGCCAUUUUACAUAAACAUACCUUCCUGCAUGUUGCAAUGAGACUCACUGGGGUGAGCAGAGAGGGGACCGUGUGUUACACUUCAUUUAUUCCAAUGUAUACGUUUUGUGUUCAGAUUGCAUUCCUGCUGUAGUUUGCAGAAAGUCCUUUCUCAUGCACAAGCAGUUCAUAAACAGGUAACAUCAUUUUGUAGCGGUUGCAUUCAUUUUGUGUCUCAUUAGGCAUUCCUAUCUUUCUCAGUUACACAGUCUUAUGUUAUACAAACAUAGAGAUGUUUUUGACCAGCAUUGUUUAAAUCUAAUUUAUCUGAAUGUAUUCCCAACUGUGGACCACAAACGAAAAAAAAAAAUCCCUUUUCUUACAUGUCAUUUUAUUAAAUUUAGUUUAUGCUUCUCUGAUAUAGUCCAGUAUGUGUUUGAAAAUGUUUCCAAGACCUCCUCGAUGAACAGGCCAAAAAGUUUGUAUGUUUACCAUGAAAUAUUGGUGUUUAGCAAAGUAUUUGUUUACUAAGACACCUAUUUGCAAGUAAUAUAAACGUGAUUUUUAAAAAAUUAAUGGGGUCCUUCAUGUAAUUUUCAUGGACUUGUACUUGCUGGUAAGGCUUCUUUAGAAUAACCAUGAAGUGGCAAAAUAGUUCCCAGACCCUUUAUAAAUCUUGUUUCCAUGCUAACCCUUUGACUCGUGCUGUUAAAUCCAAUGCCUUUUGUAACCCCUUAACUUUGUGUCCAUGAAAAUCUGAUCUUUUUAGAUACUGAACUCUGCCGUGUUUGUGUGUGUUUGUUUUUGUGUCUGUAAGUGUGUUUGCAAGAAAAAAGUUACCCAUGAUCAAUGAAUAAUAUUAUAAAAAGCAUAAACAUGAAUUCA